AUGACCCGCGCCAACACGAGCAUCUCGAGCGGGGUCUACGUGCGGUCCAAACGGCACGUUUACCGCAAGGUGACGCCGCCAGCGACACAGCUUCUACAAGUGCACCGCCCGCCUGCGUUUACCAACCCGCACUACCACGUCGAGACACAAGACAACCAGUAUCCGCUGGCGCCGCCAAAGUACUCGAUGGACUUUUGGGACGAGAUCACCGAUCUGCUGAGCGAACCAGUCGAAGAGAUCGAGCCGUUGUGGCAGAGCUCCGAAGCGACGGCGACGCGAGACCACCUGCUUCGCGAGCUCGCGUCCAUCCAAGUGCACUCUAUUUAAACGCUCAAAUCCUAUUUAUGGCGCCUCUCCAAAGCUUCCAUCGAGCUUAAUAUGCAUGAAACCGC